AUGGGAAGCAUCGUGGAGACCUCGACGCUGCCGUACUGGCAGGUCAACGUCCCGCCCGAGAGCCGCACGGACGAAUGCCCGGAGGGCCUCCGCAACCUCUCGGCCAAGGACGUGGGGAUCUUGCGAACCCCGGAUGCCGCCUACCGCCCGCAGACGUGGGACGAAGUCCGCAGGCUCGUGGCGACCAACAGGCUUGACCUGUUCCAGCGCGUACCAUCGGAGCUGAGACGGUACCGGCUGUUCAUCCAUCAUCUGAUCAAAGAGUACGGGAGCGUCAUGAACUUUGUUUUGAAGCACCGGCUGGGGUGGCAGGAGCCGCUCCAAGCUGUGGGGAAGCCAUUCGACACGGAGGGGGAUUGGAGGGUGCUGUACAACGACUGGCCGUACGGGAUCGAUGCUCGGAUCGUGCAUCUUGUUGUCUGGACCAAAUUCGAGCUCGAAGAGAACCCGGCGACGGGGGAUCUGACGGAGGGGGCGAGAGAAGACAUCGACGCUUUUGUGGACAAGACGUUCCGCUCAAAAAUGAAACCCGACACGGUCAUCUGGUUCAAGAACUGGCGGAGUCUCAAGUCCGUCCACGCUGUCGAACAUUUUCAUGUCAUGCUCUUCGACCCUGAUCCUGAGUUCAUUCGGGAGAUUACCAACGGAGAUGUUCCGCAGUGUGACAAGUUCAAGGUAUGA